UCAUCAAUUUAGCAAAAAGCAAAACUCAGCGGUGCUGAAGUCUCCUAUAAGUUUAGUCUUCGAGGAUAUUUUCAAUAAAACUAAUAACAAAUGACUUCAAAAAUUAGUAAAAAGCAUUUAGCGGUUUGUUCUAUACCAAAAUGUAAACAAGUUUAAUAACUGAUACAAAUAUCUAUGCGCGCGUGUUUAUUUAUGCGUUAUGUUUACUAUUCACAGAAAGCAAUGGAUAAAGGUGCUAAAAGUUGAACGUGACGUUCCCCGGCAUUACCGCAUCUGCAGUAAACAUUUUAAGCCAUCGGAUUUUUUUCCGAGACAUCAGAUGCAAAAGAAGCUUAUGCUUCGACCAUCUGCAGUUCCUACUGAAAACCUUCCGCCAGAAAUCACCGAUCAACCUUACACUGAGAGACCAGACUCGCCUGAGAACACGUCAUCGUCAUUUAUUUCGUUGGAUCAGUCGGAUUCAAGUACAACAAAUGGUGUCAUAACAAGUACACCAAUAAUUAUGAGUAAUGUUGUUAUGAACAAUAAUAACAAUAAUACUAUCAUUACAAACAACAAUGGUCAUGAUUUGCCUGCGAAUCAAGACGAAGGAAAAAUGGGCGAACCUAAUUUUACGUAUCACACCGCAACUCCCAUUCAGCCAGCAAUUGCCACUGCUUUGAACUUUCAACCGUCAACAUAUGAGACACUGACAACUUUAUCAACUGUACCUUACCAAGAAAUCAAUCAGGAUCCAGCUUACACGCUUUACGAUGGAACUGAAAUCGAUAGAAAUCGGUUGUCGAGUGUUCUCAAUAAAGAUGAUUAUCAGGAUGGAACCAUCACGUAUGUAGUAAACUUUGUAGACUAUUAACGUUCUCAUAUAACAAAGAAAAUAAGCAAAAUUAACUUAAUCAUUUUGUAUGCAUUUUAUCUGAUUAUCUUGUUUUAAUUCUGUUUCCUUUACAAUUUUCGUGUCUCAGAAAAACUAACAUUAUUGAAAAUUAAUUUAAACUCGAUGGUCGAAACUUACGUACUAAUCCUUUAUAAAAUUUAAUAAAUUAGUUAAAUUAUUGAAUGUCUUAAAAAC